AUGAUUCUGGUCAUCUUAACUGCCCCACCUGCGACAGAUUUUUUAAGACAGAAUGUUAAAGCAGCAGCAGCGAAAAACGAGUCGUCGGUAACAAUUAAUGGGACUGACAGAAACAUCAUUAGCGACAUCGAAAUGAAAAGCUUCAACAUGACUACUUCAAAGCUAAUGGCAGCAGUGCGUGCAUACUCAGGUGGCAGACCUGAGGGCGUUUUUGUGAAAAGCCCUACACCAUGGGGAAACUUGUACGAAAAGUUCAAUUGGACUGAAGUUACAAGAGUAACAGAUGUUAAAAGAGCAGAGAUUAUUAAUUUCGCAACUGAGGUAGUAACACUAUCUAAAUAUAACUGUAUCAACCAGUCAAACAGUACUGUAAUAGUUUGUGAUAUAAAAACAGAUGUUAAUAACUAUGUUAGCAACAACUUCACUGGUAAACGAAUGUCAAUAAACGCUGAUUAUAAUGUAAAUUUAGUAAAUUUGAAUCGGAAAUUGGUGUUACGUUUAGGUGUCAAUAACUUUACCGAAGAUGCUAUGAAUUUGCAAAUUGAGGAUAAAAUCAGUUUAAAACCCUCCCAAAGUGCUGUGUACGUAUUAAACGCUACUAAAGUUAAUAUAGACGUGUUAGUGGACUAUGAGUCAAGUGUUUUUGGACAUGUGGCUGCUAACUUUUAUCUAAGAUAUAAGGGUCAUCAUUUCUGGGUAUAUAAUGUAAGAGAGCUCAUAGAGACCGUUGGCAGUAUGUCGGCUGUCCAGAGAAAUACUGAUAUAAUCACAAUAGAAUAUUUUAUCGACGCAUUUGCAUACGCUAUUGAUUAAAAUACUGGGAAGAUGAUUAGUGGAAAAAGUCACAUCGUGUCGACCAGUGUCCAGCAUAUUGACACUUGACUUGAUUGAUUGGAAUGACGCUUAGAAGUGUCUAGACUCAAGCAACAAAACAGUAGGCAUGCGUGUACGCAUGUCUACCGUAUCAAAUUUUCCCUCUAUUGCUCAAAGCUGGAAGAGAUCCCUUAAAGGGAUAAGUUCGCCUUUGUACUAAUGACGAAUGUUAUUUUUCCUGUAUCGUUUAGAUUUUUGUAUACUAAAGUGUUUUACUAUUACUACUACAAAA